AUGGAAGAAGAACUGGGGCAGAUAAAAGUGAUUGUUAUACAAGGACACAAAUUGGUUAUCCGGGACUUCAAGACCAGUGACCCUUAUGUUAUCCUCAAGCUAGGGGACCAGACAGCAAAGACCAAGGUUAUAAACAGCUGCCUUAAUCCUAUUUGGAAUGAAGAAUUUAGUUUCUCUCUUUCAGAACCUUUUGGGGUUCUCAAAUUGAAAGUGUUUGAUAAAGACCGUUUCAAGGCGGAUGACAAGAUGGGACACACUCAAAUAAACCUUCAACCGCUAGCCGCUGCUGCCAGAUUGAGGCAGAUCCUUGGGGUCACAACUGAUGGAACGACACUGAGGAAGGUUAUCCCAGAUAGCGACAACUGUCUAGCUGCUGACAGUUCAAUAAAUUGGGAAAAUGGCGAGGUGGUUCAAAAUGUUUGGUUGAGGCUUUGUGAUGUUGAUUCUGGGGAGAUAGAGUUGAAGAUCAUAUUGAUUAAGCUUCCUCCAGUUUCUCCCCCAAAAUAA